UGGUAGUGAGGAAGAGAAGGAAGGAAGAGAAAGGAACGUAGAGCUAAAGAGCACAAAGAGACAGAGAAGGGAAGCAUCAAUGAAACAUACAUAUUCUGUCCUAUACAGCUAGCAGCCAGCCAGCCUCUACCCUCCCACUCCUUUCUCUCCCUUUGUCUUUUCUCAUCCCUCCUCUCACUGAAUAUAUGCAAGUAGACAAGGCGGGCUUCCUCUCUCUCAUGCUGUUCUCUUCUGCAGACAGGAACAUUAUCCCUCUGUCUCUGGAUGAGGGAACUGCAUACUGAAAGUGCUUGCAACCAACUGCUGGGACCCGAAUGAAGUGCAGCCUUUCUCCUGAAAAAUCGUCCUAUUUUUGUGGGACAUUUGCUGCAGACUAACCAAUCAGCAUCUCCGCAUCUUUAUUUGUAAUGCUGCCUGAAGAGUAACUUGGACAUAUUUAGCUUCCUUUCAUUCUUCUUCUUUAUUUUUUCCUGUGUUGCCCUUGUUGACCAGCAUGAUUUUCACCACAGCUGCUGUCCUUGGUGCCACGCUGGGCACUGCGUCAGGCAUCCUCACUCUCUGUGGGCUCUCACUGAUCUGCAGGUCCUGUAAGAAAGGCAAGCUGGAAAGUGGUGAAGAUGCAGACCCAGAGAAGGCUAAACCCAGUGUUCUGCACUCCUCAGAGCAGUUCAGUGUGGAAAAAUCCACAGAGCCCAUCCAACCAAGGACAUUGUUGAAAUUUCCCAAAAUAUACAAGCCCAAACCGUCUGUGACCUCAUCUGAGGUCAUCAGCUACCCUGAUCAUGCUUCAGAGAAGGGGGGCGAACACUCUCCCGAGGGACCCUCAACUGAGCCUGAUGCUGGUAACCAAGCAACGGACAGCUCUGACACGUUCACGAUCCUCAGACAAGACUCAAAGGACGAAAACCCCUGUGCCAGGGAUCUUACCAAUGGGAUGACAACAAGCAGCUCCAUCUUCCACCCUAAGCUGCAUUUCUCUCUCACCUAUUAUACUGACCAGAACGAGCUACAUAUCACCGUGAUAGAAGCGGAGCAUUUGUGUGUGGGGUCGGGCUGUGAGGGCUAUGUGGCCGGAGUCCUGACCUUUGCAGCAGGACAGAGGGAGGCCCAGACCUCGUCGCGACGCCUGACCAACCACACCCGCUGGGAGGAAGGUUUGGUGUUCUCCCUGCCAGGAGGGUAUGAGGUGGAGGGCGAAGUUGCUCUCUCCCUGCACUGUUGUGACCGCUUCUCCCAGAACACCAACCUCGGCGUUAUGAGGUUCAAGCUGGUUGAUGUGGGCAUGAUGUCCAACGCAGACUGCUGGGUCGACCUUCAACUACCAAAACAGCAGGAUGUCCAGUCUGCUGGAGAGCUCCUGCUGUCUAUAAGUUACCUGCCUGCAGCCAACCGGCUGGGAGUAGUGGUGAUGAAGGCUAGAGGACUACAGUCGGACAAGCUGAAGGACUCCAUAGACCUGUCUGUGAAACUGGCCCUGAAGCACCAGACUACCAAGCUGAAGAAGAAGCAGACGCGACGGGUCAAGCACAAGAUGAACCCAGUGUGGAAUGAGAUGAUGAUGCUGGAGGUUCCCCGCGAGCUGCUAUCUAAAUCCAGUCUGGACUUGGAGGUGUUGAAUCAGGCAGGUCCUGGUGAGCAGGAGUCCCUGGGCCGCUGUCAGCUGGGUUUACAUGCCUCUAACACUGGCCUCCAACAUUGGCAGCAGAUGCUAGACAACCCCCGUAAGCAGAUCGCCAUGUGGCACCCACUGUAUGACUAAGAUAACCACCUGUCCGCUUUGCCAUUCCAAAUACCCAAAUAGUAUACCACACAUAAAAAUGUAACCAUACAAGGCUGGACUGAGUAAUUCCGGAUCCUGCCUUCCUGGAUCAGGAUUUAAGAACCUAAAUCUAUGUAUCCACUUAUAUGGAAAUGGGAAUAUAUAUAUAUAUAUAUAUAUAUAUAUAUAUAUAUAUAUAUGGAAAUUAUCCCAUUGCCUGCCAUUAUUUAUCCCACAGCAUCCUAUAACAUGUCAACAAUAGCAUACACCGAACUGACAUAUCACUGGAUAUCACAGAAAUUCCCAAGAUUUCCAUCUAUGAACACAUUUGAUAUAUUCACCGAAACUCAUCAAUGCAAUGUAAUACUUGUAGUACCGAUACUUAACCACCUCUAUGAUCUGUUUUUAUAGCUGAACAGAAUAAACAUGAUAAGUAA